GGGUUUCCGCUCUUGGCUUUGCGAGGGAGAAGUGUCUCAUUUCCCAGCAUAAAAAUUGCAGGAUGUUUGUAACUGUUCCACUUUGGUGGCCUGCAUAAAGAGGCGAGCCCCAGUCUGUGCUCGAGCAAACAACAAGGCUUUGCGGCUGGACAUCGUUCGAGGUGCCCUUGACCAUUGUCCGCGGCUGCCCUAUGGCAAAGUGAUGCUGGCAGGGUCAAAGGGCAUCAGCAAAGCAAGCGAAGCCCGAGGACGCAGGACAGGAAGAGCAGAAUGAUGGCAGAUCAGAAGUGAAGUGAGUCACUCAUCUCCUCGACCGCAUUUUUUUCCCUUUCCCCUGCAGCCACGAAAGAAGUGAGGCAAUGAAAAGCUUCAAUAGACAGGAAAGUCCCCGCCCAGGAAAUCUAACAUUACAUCCCCUCUUCUGAAAAGUUUUGCUUUAGCAGAGGCUGCCGGGGAGUGGACCCGUCUUGGUGAGUGGAUGCAAACCUCGUCUCCUGCGCCGUGCAGAUGUUUAAAACUUAAGCUAGGGCUGGAAGGCUGCUUGUGCCGGGGUGGCUGUGGAAAAGAUUAGGCUUGCAGGCAAAGAUAUUUGCAAACAGCCCGGCUGAAUUUGCACAAGCAGUUCCUGGCCGCUUUGUUCUGUCUCUCAACACCUCGCACAUCCCUCCCCAAGAAUCCUGGGGACAGUCGCUUGUCAAGCAUUCUUGGAAUUGUACCUCUGGGGGGAGUGAACUACAGUUCCCAGGAUUCAUUGCAGGGGGUGUACUUUAAAUGUUUGGUGCAUCCAACGCCUCCCUCCUUCAGCAAAUCCCCAGUCAAUAUUCUGAGGGGAAAGGUGUGUGUGUGUCUAGGGUGGGGCAAUUUACCGUAUUUUUUUGCUCUAUAAGACUCACUUUUUCACUCCUAAAAAGUAAGGGGAAAUAUGUGUGCGUCUUAUGGAGCGAAUGCAGGCUGCGCAGCUAUCCCAGACGCCAAAACAGCAAGAGGGAUCGCUGCUUUCGCUGCACAGAGAUCCCUCUUGCUGUUCUGGCUUCUGGGAUUCAGAAUAUUUUUUUUCUUGUUUUCCUCCUCCAAAAACUAGGUGCAUCUUAUGGUCUGGUGCGUCUUAUAGAGCGAAAGCCACCCUGCAACUCCUUUCAGUUGUAGUCAAUCAUUCCUCCCUCCUUUAAGCUUUCUAAAAAAGAGUAGCUAAUGGGACCAUCACAAAAAAGGGGGCUGCCCACCCCUGUCAUUUCUCUGCCCCUGGUAAUUCAAGUACUAGCAUAACCUCCAUCUGUAUUUCCAUUUUUGUGGCUGGCUGAUUCAUCACAGCUUCCCCGUUUUCAGAAAAGAUCGAAACAAGUGGGGACCUGCAACAAUUUGCAGUAUAUCCCCAGUUCCAAGCAGUAGCUUGGAACAAGAGGAGCCUCUUAGCCCAUUGCAGAUGGGAUCAAGUGGGACCAGUUUUCUUCGUUCCUAUUCCUUGAGGCCUUUCCCAGCUGCAUUAAAAGGAUCAGGUAGGAGAUGAAGAGAAAGAGUUUUGCCCUAAUGUGUCAGCCUCCAGAGACCCUUCCCCUAUUAGGUGCGAAGAGGGUUUUUGCCUGAAUACAAUGCACAGAGCAUGAGAUCUGCCCCUGAUCUAGGCAUCUGUUCCAGCUGAGAGCUUGCUUGCUUUAAAAUGGGGAAGUUAACAUCAACUGGCCCAACUGCCCUUCCCCAUUGCAACAGAUUGGCACCCCCCCAGUCAGAAGCUAUCAAUGUGGCAAUGGGUGGCAUGUGACUUAAGCAUACUUUUAAUGAGCUUAAAGCGCAUUACAAAACCCAAGGCUGGCUGCUUGAGUCAUUUCCAUGCCCCUGGGACAUGAUCAGCCACAGCUGGCUGCUAACUUUGCAAAUAAAUUGCUUCAGCAGACUGAAAGGCAGUACUUAAACGAGGACUUAGGAAGAUGAGCCCUGCUGAAUUAGAUCAAGGUCUUUUUGGCCCAGAGUCUUGCCUCCCACGGCAACCAGUCAAAUGCUUCAAGGAAAUUCGAAGGGUAGUAUGAAGAUCAUUCCCCCCCCCAUGGAGUGCAAAAAUGCUCCCCUUGACCUUGACAUUUAGCCAUUGUAGCCAGUGAUCACAAACAAAGCCGGCCACUGUCAUCCGUGUGCUAGUAACCUCCAGGCUAGACUACCGCAGUGCACCCUAUGUGGGACUGCCCCUUAGGUUGACCCGGAAGCUGCACCUCGUGCAAAAUUGCGUGUUCUGACUGCUCAUUGGGGCAGAAUAUUGCAGCACUGCUGAAAGCACGCUGGCGGCCAACUUCUUGCUGGGCUAAGUUCAAGGUGGUAACGCUGGUACCCAAAGCCUUAUACAGCUCAGAAGCAGGAUUCCUAAAAUGCCAUCCCCUGUGUACCCAACUGAUCACUGCACUCUGCAGGAGAGAAGGCCACCUCAGAUACCAUCGUAUCAGGAAGCCUGUUCUGUAUGAUAUAGUUAUGGGACCUUUUAGUGUGGUGAAACCCACCCUUCAGAACUCCUUCUCAUUAUAUCACAGACAGGGCCAUAUUUGUCUUUUUGGUGCCUUUUGGACCUACCUUCUCCAACCAGUGGAGAUUUAUUAUCCCAGCUUUUUUCUUCAUCGGGCUAGGAACUGUAUUUAUAUAUAUGUUUUUAUUGUGGAUGGGGGUUUUUUUAAUUGUUGAAUCGCUUUGGGAUGUUUCAUGGGAAGCGAUUCAUGAAUGAAUGAUGAAUUAAUUAACUGAAGUAAACCAAUACUCUGGGAAGUUGUCUAAUUCCCAUCAGAAAGCCCUUUGAGCCAGUGGCCCUCACUUCUUUCCAUAAGUUUAUUUGCCAGCAAUGUCUCUAUAUUAGUGGCCGGGUAUUCCAUGCUGCACAGAAUAUUUUACAUAACGGAGGAAGGAAGGAAGAUCAAGAAAGAGACUCAACCAAGGAUGGGGAACCUGGGAUGUUCCAGUUGUAUCAUCAGUAUCAAUUGGAUUUCUUACCAGGUCUUCACUAUUAGGUCCCAAUUACAAUAAUAUAAAGCUACAAUAUUGUAACAAACAGAAAUUAUAUAUAUAUAUAUAUAUAUAUAUAUAUAUAUAUAUAUAUGUAUAUAAUAUCAGUUAGGGGCGUGGGUGGCACUGUGGUUUAAACCACAGAGCCCUAGAGCUUGCCGAUCAGAAGGUCAGCGAUUCAAAUCCCCGUGAUGGGGUGAGUUCCCAUUGCUCAGUCCCAGCUCCUGCCAACCUAGCAGUUCAAAAGCACGUCAAAGUGCAAGUAGAUAAAUAGGUACCACUACGGCAGGAAGGUAAACGGUGUUUCCGUGCACUGCUCUGGUUCCCCAGAAGCGGCUUAGUCAUGCUGACUCCCUCAGCCAAUGACCCGGAAGCUGUACGCUGGCUCCCUCAGCCAAUAAAGUGAGAUGAGCGCCGCAACCCCAGAGUCGGCCACAACUGGACCUAAUGGUCAGAGGUCCCUUUACCUUUACCUAUAAUAUCAGUUGAAACAAUUUGCAACCAGUUUACACUUACACAUACUGUAUCUGUUAGGUGUCAAAGGCCAGUAAGAGAGCUGUAUCUCCAGAAAUUGACAAAGGCUGUAUAGUGAAGGUACCAGACACAACUCUGUAGGUAGGGAAUUCCACAGCUAAGGGGCUGCCACAAGGAAGGCCCUGUUCCAGGUUGGCCGUCCCUGAGCUUUCAAGGGCAAAUGAACUAUGAGAAGGUACCCCCUGCUGAUCUUAACAUGCAAGAGGGAAUGUAGGGAAGGAUGUGGGGUUCUCCCCCCCCCAAUAUUUGAUAACACAUCUCAAGUGCACCCAAAGAGACAUGUGGUCCAAAAUCAAAAAUUGCUUAACCGCACCACUGAUUCAACAGUCAACCUUCGAUAUUCUCCUUGCACUUCUCACUGAGCUAUGUCCCCUCUGUCUCAUUCAGGGAGAUAGCAAUCUGUGGGUAGACUACUCUGUUCCAAGCGUGAUAACCCUGAAAUGUUUCUUUCUCUGCAGAUCCCGGAACCAUGUACACAGCAAUCCCCAAAAGGUAAUGAACUUUUUUCACUGCCCAUCCAACAGCAUGUUCCAGACAGGCUCCCUGGAACUGUGUUUUAGUUAUUGUAAAAUCGGCUAGUUUAAACACCUUUUUUAAAAUAAUAAUAAUAUUAAAAAGCUUGUUUACUAUGUAGGGCACCCCCAGACUGUUGCUCUUUUCGGGUGGGAUGGAAUCACAAACCACGUAAAUUUAAGUCGCACAAUUAUAAUUGGUUGGGAGGUCUUGCGCAACAAACCCACUCCCCUGAAAUACUGGACUUUUUGCAAUAAAGAAAGUGAUGUAGAAAUGCCCUGGAAAGUGUGGAAUGUUUGACACAAUGUCAUCUAACCUCCCUGCAAACAAAUCAGAAGAAAUACUAAUCAAAUCUUCCUGCAGACAAAUUGGGGUGAAUGGUCAAUAAACAGGUCACCAGGAAGCACUCAUAGUUUUUUCCUCAGUGGAAGGUUCCCCAGUCUGAGGUUCAGAAGGUAAUUGGUUCUACUACCACUGUGCUACCAUUUUGCAUCUGACUCCAGCUCAAGGACCUUGAGAUGCUAAUUAAACAAACAACAAAGUAGAUCCCAACAUGCAUUGUGUAAACAGUCUGGUUUCCCUCUUUCCUCCCUCAUCCUCUCUCCUCACCUGGAUUCACCUUGUAUCUCAAGGGCAGAGAAAUAGUGCUUCUCCAGGCCUGUGAUUCAGCUACAUUAGUAAAGAAAAAAGUGUUUUAAAUGCUUUCUAACACUGGGGUACCUGAUGGCGCUGUGGAGGUCUGUCUUUCUCCAACGUGAUUUCCCAUUAAGAGGUUUUCCUGAAAUGUUUUUGGGUUUUUUUUAAUGUGUCUUGAUCCAGCCAUGGUUUGACUCCAGCUCUCAUCUGGUAUCAGAGUUACUUGAAUAAUGCAGAUGGAGUCCAGAGAGAAAAGAAACUCAUAAUACUUUAUUGGGUAAACAACAAAAAAGCAGUAAAUAAGAUGGGAAGAAAUAAACAGAGAUUUCUUGCCUUAUUUACAGGCCUUGUUCAGAGUAGGGCAUACUCCCUCAGAACUACACAGACAGAGCACAAAUGACCUCAGCAAAGAUCAUGCCUUUCUGACUGGUUGCAAGGCAACAUUUCUUCCACCACCCCCUGGUCAGCUGACUGUCAACAGAAUUAACCCUUAAGCGACAAACUGAAUAAUCCUUGCUGUUGUACUUCCAACAUCAUCUGUCCCAGCUAUCAUGGUCAAUGAUUAAGAAUGAUGGGUAGUUGUAGUCCAACAACAUUUGGAGGAGCACAGAUUCCCCAAAGCUGAUCCAUCACUUUUCAUCUUGUCCUCUUUGAAGUCUCUCUUCCUUUUCACUUCUCCUUCUCUACUUGCAUCUUAUUCUCCUGUUCCUUUGGUCUCAUCCUAUCCUGGCCCUUCUGUCUUGCAAUCCAUUGCUUUCUUCCUUUUUUGCAUGGCAGUGGCUCACCCUUCGAUGCUUCGGUAAAAGAGCCGGGCCUCCACAUCUGGCGAGUGGAGAAGAUGAAGCCUGUGUCGGUACCAGAAGAGAUGAAAGGCAUCUUCUAUUCUGGGGAUUCUUACCUGGUUCUUCACAAUGGACCUGAUGAACAGUCCAGUGUGCACAUCUGGAUUGGUAAGCAGCAAGGCUUGGCAGAGAUGAGACGAAUUAUCCAUAUGCAGAACCCAUCAGUGGGCUGAUUCAGUAGGAAAGCAGCCUCCACCCGCACUUUCUCCUGAGCCAAAUAUUAAAACAUGAGGAAGUGACACACAUCAGGAUAUGAAAAAAGUGAUCUUAUAGGGUUGCCUUAUUUCAAGAUUGCCCAAAAAGUUGCUGAGCUGUUUUUUUUGUUUUGUUUUGUUUUUGGCAACACUAGAGCUUAAGACACUUUGACAUGUGUGACACAGGUUGUACCUAUUGGAGUUUAGGGAAAUCUCUCUCCCAUAUUAUUAUUAUUAUUAUUAUUAUUAUUAUUAUUAUUAUUAGGCAGCGUCCAACCAACAUGUCCUGUCAGCACAAGGAUUUAUGCUUGUGUAACAGGACUUUUUCCUCCAACUCCUUCUUAGUUCUCAAUGAGCUGUUGCCUCCCCCUUGGGGUUUUUCAAAUGCUCCCUUUGAACUUCUGCAGUCCUGAAGGUUUAUCUGAGCAUGCUCAUGCUACCCUCUUGUUUUCCAGUGGCCCUAUUUUGGUCUCAUUUCUGUCAGUGCUCAACACCCAAGUUUGCUAUUUGAGGGAGUAGUAUACAUGAGAAUUAUCCUGAGAAUAUCCAUCAGAAAUGGAGCUGGAACGAUUCCUAUCAAAUAACUGCUCUCUCCCUGUCACCCAGGCCAGAACUCCUCCCGAGACGAGCAGGGAGCCUGCGCUCUGCUCUCCACCAACCUCAACUUCUUCCUGAAAGAAAAACCUAUCCAGUACCGGGAGGUGCAGGGCAAUGAGUCUGACAUUUUCAUGGAGUACUUCCCCCACGGCAUCAAAUACCAGGUAAGACAGGCCCGACCUAACCAGUUUUUCAGGUUGCUGCUUCGAUCACCUGGGAGCACCGUUGCCAAUCGUGAGCACAGUCACCUUAUGAAAGAAAGCUUAGGCAACAAAUCACAUGCUCCUUUGUUCCACAUUUAUCUGCCCAGGCCAGAUAAAUAUAAUCAUCAUCAUCAUCAUCAUCUUCAUCAUCAUCUUUAUACCCCACCCUUCCCAGUUAAGAAAACCAGGCUCAGGGUGGCUAACAACAAAUUUAAAACACUUAAUUGAUGCAACAAAAAACAGCAUAAAAUACUGUAAGGUAAAGGUAAAGGGAUCCCUGACCAUUAGGUCCAGUCGUGACCGACUCUGAGGUUGCGGCGCUCAUCUUGCUUUACUGGCCGAGGGAGCCGGCAUACAGCAUGACUAAGCCGCUUCUGGCGAACCAGAGCAGCACACGGAAACACCAUUUACCUUCCCACCGGAGCGGUACCUAUUUAUCUACUUGCACUUUGAUGUGCUUUCAGACUGCUAGGUUGGCAGGAGCAGGGACCAAGCAAUGGGAGCUCUCCCCGUCGCGGGGAUUCGAACCACCAACCUUCUGAUCGGCAAGUCCUAGGCUCUGUGGUUUAACCCACAGCGCCACCCACGUCCCUAUAAAAUACAGUAUAAAAUGUGAAUAACAAUAAAUUCAGAAUUCAAAAAUCAAUUUAGGGGGGAAAUCCAUCCAAUAAACAUUAGAUGAUCACCAGGGCUAGCUGGCUAAAUUAGUCCUAUUUGGGCCAGCAAGAAGACCAGGGGAGAAUUAGCUGUGGGAUCACAGAGCGGGUAAUCUCCAUAAAAGGGGAGGGGGAGGGAAGGAAGGGGAAUAAAAGAUCAGACAUAUGAAAGCCAGGCAUAUGAGAAGCAGUAAUUCAGUCUAACCUACCUCCCAGGGAUGUUGUGAGGAUGAAAUGAGGAGGGUAAGAAACCCACAUCUGCCACCUUGACAUCUUUGGAGGGCAGGCAGACUAUAAAGAUGCUCAAGAGAAACAGAAAAGUUUGGGUGUGCGCAGUGCUUUUCUUCCAGGGGGGGAAAUGUGCCAGUACUGCAUAGCCUUGAGUGCCCCCGGGGGGAGCACUGGGUGUGCGAAAUCAAAAUAAGUAAAUAACGAAUUUCACAAACACCGCACAAACUCAUAUGACAAAGCUUACAAUCGCAAACCUUAAAAGCAAGCAGCUUCUUGUGUGUCUACAGCAGCCUUUUGCCACCCUGGCACCAUCCAGAUGUUUCAGACUACAACUCCCUACACUGGCUGGGGCUGACGGGAGUUGUAGUCCUGUUAUGUACUGAGUUGAGUAGGAUCCAAAAGGCAGCAGUCUGAUUGGUCCUAGAACAAUGCAGCAGUAUGAUUGGUCUGCAGGAGCCACCCAAUCCAGCUCCAGGUAGAAGUGAAUCCGCAACCUGAUUGGCCUACAGGAAAAUCCCAGAAUUAGCCAAUCACGUGCGGCCCAUUGUGUAAAUAAUGUAUAUAAAGCAGAUAUUUUGGGGGAACAUUCAUUCCUCACUACUAUGAGCUGAAUAAAGAGCAUGAAAUCCACACUCGACUCAGAGCAUAUUUCAAGUCCAAACACCUGGAGGGGUCCAAGAGGGCAAAGGCUGCUCUCGAGCAAUGUUUCCCAACCUUGGGUCUUCAGCUGUUUUUCAGACUACAAUUCCCAUCGUCCCUGACUACCAGUCUUGCUAGCUAGGGAUGAUGGGAGUUGUAGUCCAAAAACAGCUGAAGACCCAGCAUUGGGAAACACUUCUCUAGAAGAAAUGACAAACAACCAAUGCAUUUUGACCAGGAACUGGUCUUCUUCUGUGGUCUAGUAAUUUCACAAAAACCACAACGUACAAAACUAUGGAAAGCAGUACCCUUAUUCUAGCCAAAUCUGCCAAAUUCAGGGUGGAUGGAAUAGUGUAACAGCAGUGCCACCUGUAAACGACUCAGAAAUUGCCUCUUUAAAAAGGCUAGAAUGUGGCAUUAGAUAAUUUGGAAUUUAAAAGACAUAAAAUAGCGUGGUGUAGUAGAGUGUUGGACCUUGGAGACGAGGGUUUGGAUCCCUGCUUGCUCCCUGGGUGACUUCGGACCAGUCACUGCCUCUCGUGAUAAACAAAUAAACAGCUUAUCUCAAGGAACCUAUCCCCUUCACCACCACAAACUCCAGCAUCCUCCUGCUUCCUUGUAGACCUCAAACCUCUUUUGUCUGUGCUCCACAGGAAGGAGGUGUGGAAUCGGCCUUUAACAGAACCCAGGCCAGCCAGCAACCCAGCCCCAUCCGCAAACUCUACCAGGUGAAGGGGAAAAAGAAUAUCCGGGCCACUGAAAAAGAACUGAGCUGGGCUAGUUUUAACACCGGCGACUGCUUCAUCCUGGAUCUAGGAGAGGUGAGCCCGAAAAGAGGAGGAGGGGAAGCCUCUCUCGACCUGUGUCUCCUAUUUAUAAUUGCUGUGUUGUUUUUAAUGUGUGGUUUUGGUGGGGUUUUUUGCAUACAGUGGUACCUCGGGUUAAUUCGUUCCGGAAGUCAUUCUUAACCUGAAGGGUUCUUAACCCGCAACAUGCAUUCCCUACAUAGGCCUCCCGUGGCCCCGGAAGGAGAUUACGUUUGUAUCCUGGGGCAAAGUUCGCAACCCUGAGCACCUACUAUGAAUUGAUUUUAGAAUGAGUUGAUUUUAGAAUGCAUUUCAAUUAAUUGAUUGUGAUUUUAUGUAAAUUGUGUUACUUUUAUUGUUGUUAGCUGCUCUGAGCCUGGCUUCGGCUGGGGAGGGCAGGAUAUAAAUAAAAAAUUAAUAAUAAUAAUAAUAAUAAUAAUAAUAAUAAUAAUAGUUAUUUGCCCAGUUUGUAAUCGAAGCGUUCGAAAGUAGGACUGUUUGUAACCCAAGGUACCACUGUAUUUUAAUUACAAACGUUUAUGUUUUAACAUUUUCAUGGGGUGUGAGUGUGUGGGUGGGUGUUAAAUUCGGUUGCUUAUCUCUUAAUGUUUGCUCCAUUUGUUUUUCGCACACAAACCACUAUUUUGGCAUUUCAGCAGCACAUAAAUUAUAUAAUGUUAAGAGGAUAAGAGGAUCCUGCUGGAUCAGGCCAGUGGCCCAUCUAGUCCAGCAUCCUGUUCUCACAGUGGCCACCCAAAUGCCCCUGGCAAACCCACAAGAUGGACCGGUGUGUAAGAACAAUCUCUCCUCCUGCAGUUUCCAGCAACUGGUUUUCAGAAACAUUAUUGCCUCCAUCAUGGACAAUGUUGAUUGUUAAGUUGUGGGUGAACAUAUCAGACAACACAGCGAUUCUUCAAACAGCUCUUGUUUAUUCACAGGCCAGGACAGAACUGAACUGAAGGGUUCAGUCAGCCUGCUUAUACAGAGCUCCAGUACAAUGUAACUGUAACAAUUUUCUAAAACUAUCCAAUCACUGAACGUCACUUUCAAUCCCUUAUUUGCAUAACUAUCUACAGUAUCCCCCUGCUGGCCCAGGGUGAGAACUUCAGUACAUAACAUUGAUGGUGCUGUGGGGAAGUGGGGGGGAACAUACAAGUUUGGAAUAUGGGCUAGCAUGUUCUGCUAAUGCCCUGUGAAUAGGGAUGGAAGGAGACAGCUCUUUGCAUCCCAGUUCUGUGUUCAUCGAUGUCAGCGCACUUUCCACUGCAAUUCAGCUUCCCCUAAGACCUACAUAGUCUGUCUAGCUAUUUGCUAUAUCUGAAACUGAUGCAAUUAAUAGCAUAAAUCAAUUUCAGUGGAAGGGAAGCAUCAAAGACAAUACAGAAAACAAUGUAAUUAUUUAUAUGAUGUUUACAAACUAAGAAAAUGACAGCAUAUGCUCCUACUCGCUUGGGUCAUUUUCAUUACUGACCCCUGACAAAAAUGAGAAUUGCAGCAAGUCUCGCUCCUGUUUCCAUUUCCAACAGAAUUCUCAAACAUCUUUAGUUGGGAGAGUGCACAACUCUGAACACUGGGCGGAAAGAAAUGUGCUCCUUUGUGUAGGAUCACAGUGGGUGUUCUGGAUGUCCAUUAAGAGUCUGGGUGUAAUCUUCGACACCUCCCUUUCCAUGGAGGCGCAGAUUGCAGCUAUAACAAAGGCGGCAUUUUUUCACCUCCGCCAAGCUAAGCAGUUGGCUCCUUACCUCUCUUGCCCUGACCUAGCCACUGUGAUCCACGCGACGGUCACCUCCAGACUGGAUUAUUGUAACUCGCUCUACGUGGGGCUGCCCUUGAGACUGACCCAAAAACUCCAGCAGGUACAGAAUGCCGCGGCGAGACUCUUUACGGGGUCCUCGCUGCGAGAUCACAUUCACCCGGUGCUAUACCAGCUGCACUGGCUCCUGGUGGAGUACAGGAUCAGGUUUAAGGUGCUGGUAUUAACCUUUAAAGUCCUAUAUGGCCUAGGACCCUCGUACCUACGGGACCACCUCUCCUGGUAUGUCCCACGGAGGACCUUAUGGUCUUCAAACAAAAACAUCUUGGAGGUCCCGGGCCACAGAGAGGUUAGGCUGGCCAGGGCUUUUUUGACUGUGGCCCCGAUCUGGUGGAAUGCUCUGUCACAAGAGACUAGGGCCCUGCGGGACUUGACAUCUUUCCGCAGGGCCUGCAAGACAGAGCUGUUCCACCAGGCCUUUGGCCAGGGCACAGCCUGACCCCCUCCUUUGGUAAUCCUCACAGAACUCUAGCCCAAUGGUUGCCAUCAAUUUGAUUUGAACUGAUUUUAUAAUGAAUUGAUUUUAGAAUGCUGUAUUAUUUUGCUGUUGUUAGCCUGGCUUUGGCUGGGGAGGGUGGGAUAUAAUUUUUAUUUAUGUAUUUAUUUAUUUAUGUGGGGUGGACGUGGGGCAAGGUGUUCUGGCCGCACAUAGAUUGAGAAGGUUUCUCCUCUUGGCCUCUCCUUUCAGAACAUCUUCACUUGGUGUGGCAGCAAAUCCAACAUCCUAGAGCGCAACAAAGCCCGGGAUUUAGCAACGGCAAUUCGGGAUAGCGAGAGGAAGGGGAAAGCCAAAGUGGAGAUAAUAGCAGAUGGCGAAGAGCCGGCUGAGAUGAUAGCGGUAAGUUCCUUGCAAGAGAGGCAAACGUUUUGGGGAAGCUGUGGGUUGGUGUCUAGGAAGCAGAUGGGCAUUGACUAAGUUCUCGGCAUCAAGCUGGAGCUGGGACCUGUCUUGGUUUGGUGGGACAUAAAAGCCCCUGCCAGAGGAGGGUCUGAGAUAUGGGUUGUGUUUUGGCUUCUUAAUUUCAUAUUGAAAGGAUCAAGGAAGUGGUCUCCCAACAGGGCGCACCAAACAGGUAUUGAGGUACCCUAAGAGUCUAUUGAACACCUCAUCACUGCAACAUCUGGCAAUGACCUUCAUGUGUGGACAAAGGAGAUAAGAAGCUGCUUUGUCUGUCCACCCAGCUCAAUAUUGUCUACUUUGGCUGGUAGCAUCUUUCCAACAUCUGAAGCAGAGCAGGGCCUUUCUUAUUAUCUGCUAUUUCAUGGGUGGGGAGCUGGUGGCCCUCCAGAUAUGUUUGAUUUACAACUCUCAUCAUUCCUCCUCAUUGGCAAUGCUUUGUUGGGGCUGAUGGGAGUUGGAUCCUUCACAAACAACAACACUAGAGAUGCAGUGGAUUGGACCCGAACCUUCUGUGUGCAAACAAUGUUCUCCCCAACUUUAGGAAGCUGCCUUAUACUAGAUCAGCCCAUUGGUCCAUCUAGUUUAGUACUGUCUCCAGGAUCCCACCCCUCCUUCUCUCCUGCUAGGGAUUGAACAGAAGACCACCUCUCUGCCACUGCGACUCAUCCUUUUGUAAUUGUCAAGCAAAGCACAGAGGUGGGGUUCUGAGCCCAGAAAUGAAACGUCUGGAAGCUGGGUAUCAGCAUUACCUGCCGCUGUCUUUUUCUAGGUCCUGGGUCCUAAACCAGCUCUGAAAGAGGGCAGUCCAGAGGAAGAUGUCAUGGCUGAUCGGAAAAAUGCAAUUGCCGCUGUACUUUAUAAGGUAACAACCUGUCAGGCUGCUGUUAGCAGAUCCUGGAUAGUUGCCCAGGAAAGUAUAAAGACAAGGGAAAGUUUCUUACUGUCCUUUUUUAUUUCAAACUUUACAGAGAGAGGCUAUAGAACCCAGCCUCUUGGAUAACGGCGUUGUCCCAAGUGAAUCUCUCCCCCCCCCCCCCGUCUUUCCCACUUCCUCAUUCAUCAUUCUCGUCAUCUCCUCUAUGGGUGCUGCUACCUGCCCUCUGUCUUUGAGCUCUUUGCUCUCCUACUUUUAAGGCUCGCUGGGAGACGGAGAGUCUGGAAUGCUAUCUAAUGACAACGUGUCAGUCAGCUGUUGCUCUGGCUAUCCCAUUACUUCCCAGCUGCCAUUUUGUAUCUAGCUCCACCACCAUUCCAGCUGCCAUUGGGCACUUUGCUCUGUUUGGUGGAUCCUAGGGUUCCAGUAAUAAACAAAGUAGGUCCAACCAUCUCGAAGUUCUGCCACACAUGAAUGGUCUGAUGUCAACGAAGGCAUUUGCUCCUCUUUUCUUCUCAUCUCCCAGGUAUCAGACAUGACGGGGAAAAUGAGCCUGACUAAGGUCUCAGAGUCCAGUCCAUUCCAUCAGGACCAGCUCAUCACAGAUGAUUGUUUCAUCCUGGACAAUGGGCUAUGUGGGAAAAUCUACGUUUGGAAAGGUGAGACAUGCAACACACUGCUGUGAGAACAGCCUCAACACCUGGUGUUGGGACUCUGUGAGUCGGAAAGGGGUCUCCUAACAAUUCACAACACCCUUAACAAACCACAGUUCCUAGAAGUCUUUGGAGGAAGCCAUGAUGGUUUAAUGACAGAUGGUUCAGAUUUAGGAGAAGGUUUUCUUUCUUCCUAAGAAUAUUAGUCCCCCCAUCCUUCCCAGUAAACACCAGCUCUUCUCUGCUUGCUCAGCAUUAGACAUGCUCUCCCUCAGCUCUUCUGACCUGUCCUUUUCCAUCUUUCCUCAAAAAGGCCUCCGAGCAAAUGAGCAAGAACAACAGGCAGCCCUGAAGGUAGCUGAGGACUUCAUCACUCAGAUGAAGUAUCCCCUGAACACACAGGUAAGCAAGCAGAGGCUGUGCAGCCUUAUCAAAGUUUCCAGAAGGCUCUACUAAAUGAAGGAAAUAUCCCCAAACUUAGGCAAUGAAUGGCAAUUUCAUUGCCAUUUACUCUGAUUCCAGUGCGCUCCCACCACGGACAUUUGAGGCCACGCACACAUGAUGUUAGUCACAACCCACAUCUAUCCUGUAGUUUAUUGAGGAAUGCUGCUGCUGGAUGCAUUUACCCUCAAACCUCCUUCUAUCUGAUUUGAAAACGAAAGCCAUCGUUAAGCUUGAGGUGUGCACAUUUGAGACAGCUUUUGCAUGUAUGCAGGCGACAUCUUUGUGAAGAGGAGCUGUGGGGGGGGUUGCAGGUGUGGGGAAACAAACAUGCAAUGUGCUUCAGGUGAAGACCCCCCUUCCCCCCCCCCAGGACUUGCCGAUCAGAAGGUCGGCGGUUCGAAUCCCCAUGACGGGGUGAGCUCCCGUUACUCGGUCCCUGCUCCUGCCAACCUAGCAGUUUGAAAGCACGUCAUGUGCAAGUAGAUAAAUACGGACCACUCCGGCGGGAAGGUAAACGGCAUUUCUGUGUGCUGCUCUGGUUCGCCAGAAGUGGCUUAGUCAUGCUGGCCACAUGAACCGGAAGCUGUCUCUGGACAAACGCCGGCUCCCUCAGCCUAUAGAGCAAGAUGAGCGCGCAACCCCAGAGUCGGUCACGACUGGACCUAAUGGUCAGGGUUCCCUUUACCUUUACCUUUAGCGCACUCUAAAGCCAAAAAGGCUCUCAGUUCUGCUUACAUACAGCCAAUUAAAACGAGAAAGUUCCUGCCUGCAGGCAGUCUAAAAAAAAAUGUGACACACAAGGGAAAGGGGACAGGGAGGGAAGAGGAAAAAAGCAAACCCAGGCACCAGUUUUUGAAGAGUAGCUAUUAUAAUCACCAGUGGGCAUAGAAACAGCUCAGGGGCAGGAGGUGCCUGAUGGAGCUUGUCUUUCAGCAGAGCUGAUGGAACAAGCCCUACUUUUCCUUUCUCCCAUGGAGGCAGCCUUUUGGCCUUUUAGAAAUGAAGAUUGCUUUUAGCUUCCAAGGCUGAUAGGCACCAUAGCUGUCAACUUUUGCCUUUUCUUGCAAGGAAUCCUAUUCGGAAUAAGGGAAUUUCCCUUAAAAAAGGGGAAAGGUUGACAGCUAUGGUAGGCACUGAUAUGCUGUGUCCGUAAAGUAUUGUGGGAAAUGGCACCUAUACACAGUUGACUGGCAAUGUGUACAGUGCCAGGUCAGAUUUUAAAUAUUUUUUUUAAGUGGUGAUCCUAGAGCAGGCUUCAGUAGUGGACCGUCCCAGGACCCUGGCAGCUGCCCAAGGAUGCCAUGCUUGAAAAGGAUGCUUGAAAAACACCAUCAUUUCACAUAUACAGUCAUGUUGGCUGAGUUGGUGAGGAUUAACCAGAAAAUAAAAUCUUGAGUUUGUGCUGGGUUAGCCCAAUGAAAACAUCAACUCACUGUGCACUGGCAGUGAAAAGGUCAAACAGCAUGAGAGAGACUCUUACUGAAACUGAAGAGGGAAAAGAUGCCUAGCGCCACAAUGUUUUGAUACAAUUCUGUGAUGCAGCCUUAUCUGGAAAUCACGUGGGCCCAUGAGAGUGGUGGUCCAAAAUGUCUGGAAGGAACCUGGUUGGGAAAAUCUGGUGUAGGCAGUAGACAUAAUAGAGGCUGAGGAAAUCAUCCGUAAUGUAGAGAGAAUGGGUAUAGAAAGAGAAAGAGCUUUCUCUCAUAAUAUUAGAGGCUACAGAAGAGGCAUUGCGGGAAAUAUAAAUAGCUGCAAGAUGCCACAAGUUGGCACUGCUUAGAGCGUUGCAGCUGUCCACUGCAACAAGGUAAAACUGCCAGGGCCCAGAGCCAGAGGAGGGAGCCCAGCAGAGGGCAACUUGCCCUGGCCCCCUCAAACCUAGAACCAGCUUGGCCCAUUUCUUGGCAUUGCUGGGGAAAAGAGGGGAGGGUUUGGAAUAAAGCUAAUGCUUGUGUACCAUUAAAGGUAAGGGGACCCCUGACCGUUAGGUCCAGUCGUGGCCGACUCUGGGGUUGCGGCGCUCAUCUCGCUUUAUUGGCCGAGGGAGCCGGCGUACAGCUUCCGGGUCAUGUGGCCAGCAUGACGAAGCUGCUUCUGGUGAAGCAGAGCAGCGCACGGAAACGCCGUUUACCUUCCCGCUGGAGCGGUACCUAUUUAUCUACUUGCACUUUGAUGUGCUUUCAAACUAAUGGGUUGGCAGGAGCAGGGACCGAGCAACGGGAGCUCACCCCGUCGUGGGAAUUCAAACCGCCGACCUUCUGAUCAGCAAGUCCUAGGCUCUGUGGUUAAACCACAGCGCCACCCGCGUCCCUAUGUGUACCAUUACACCAGGGCUAUCCAACUUGGUACCCUCCAGAUGUUUCGAACUCCAGCUCCCAUCAGCCCCAGCCAGUAUGGCCAGUGUUCAGGGAUGAAGGAGUGGGAGACCCAUAAUAGAUGGGUGCCUGCCAUGGGUGUCCUUUUCUCACGCACCUUUAUCCUGUUUCCAGGUGGAAAUCUUGCCCCAAGGCCGUGAAAGCCCUCUCUUCAAACAAUUUUUCGUAAACUGGAAGUGAAACUGAGUCGACAUCAUGAGCCGGAAAUAUUUGGUGCAUGUGCCUUACAUAUCCUGUUAUCGACCAUUAUGCCUUAUUAAAAUGGAGCCACUGUGGCCUAACCUUCUUCUUUGGACUGGUUAUGUUUUCGCUCAUUCACAGCAUUCCAGGCACAGAAAAGGGGGAAGGGUUGUUGCUUGGUGACCGGACACAUGCUCUGCAUGCAGACCUUCCCAUGUUCAGUGCCUGGCAUCUCUUCUGAAGGAGAAGUGAAAGACCUCCACUUGCCCAAGACCCUGGAGAGCAUCUGCUGGUCAGAGUAAAUAAUAUUGGGGCAAUGGUCUGACUCUGCUGGGAAUGGGGGAAAAUUUUAUUUCACUUUGCAUUUGAGGGUGAAUCAUUCUAACCCACACUUCCUGAAGCAAUGUAGGAACUGAAACAUGGCAAGCCUUCAAAAGUUGCCCUUCUCUGAAUUUUGCAACGCAGCCGUCCAGACAAAUAAUGUGUACAAGAAUAUAGUCAGGGGAAGUGUAUGAGGACAGCAUACAAAAUGAAUGGCGUUGGGGGAAAUCGCUUUGCUAAACUGUGCAUAUUAGGUAAAAAGGCAUACAAAAAUAGCAGAAAUUCACACUAAUGUCCUGAGGUUGUUUCCCCUCACCCCACCCCUUCUGCUUUCCAGGAGUGUCAAAUGUUUUUUCAUAAAAUACCAUGAAAACAGGCUUAGAUUGUUCCUGAACUGAAAUGAACAAUAACCAAACAAACAAACAAACCCCACAAUGACAUGAUUUGAUAUUAAUUUUAAUUACUGCCGAUAAAUGCCCAAGGCUCUUCGUGCCCAUUUUGUCCCUCUGGCAAGGCGGAAUCUGGGUUAGGUGCCCCUAUUGCCCAUCCAAUACAGCGGUACCUCGGAUUAAGGACUUAAUUCGUUCUGGAGGUCCGUUCCUAACCUGAAACUGUUCUUAACCUGAGGUACCACUUUAGCUAAUGGGGUUUCCCGCUGCCACUGCGCUGCCGCCGCGCGAUUUCUGUUCUCAUCCUGAAGCAAAGUUCUUAACCCGAGGUACUAUUUCUGGGUUAGCGGAGUCUGUAACCUGAAGCAUCUGUAACCUGAAGUGUCUGUAACCUGAAGUGUCUGUAACCCGAGGUACCACUGUACAAGAAAGGUGAGCAACGGGCAAGCUGGGGGUAUCUACAGAGAACAGGUCUCUGUGAGUUUCAGGUGCAGGGGAUUGGACACCAGAUCUACAUCCUCUUAAAAGCAGCUCUUAAAAGUCUCAAUUUACAACAGAGUCCGGAAUGCCUAGUGACUCGGGUGCUGAAUGGCCUUCCUUCCCUGUGGGAUUCCUGUUUCAAAAACAGCAAAUCCUGCACACACACUCCCCUCACCCCUCCUCGCCUUAGGCAGCCCUAUUCUUUUCAACAGAGUUCCUGUGGUUUUCAGCCUACAAUGACGCUUUGUCAGUCAUCCCGGCAGGCCCCGGCAAGCGGUUCUGAAUCAUUCCACAGCUGCGCUAAUGGCCCAACCACAGGAAGAGGCUGCCUACGAGCUGCUCCUUGGAGUGAAAAGUGACUCAUGGUUUCCUUUCCAAAACAACAAAUUCUGUCCCUGGUGCCAGUGGCUCACAGUGAAGCGCUUGGGGGCGAAGGCAUCAUCACAGAAGGAGGCCACCUUUUUGCCUUUUGACAUACAAAAAAAUUCUGCGAAAGACUAGCUAGGGGUGGUCAUCUUCAAGCUCUAAGGGCUCCUCCACACAACCUGGUUUGCUUUCACAAAGCUUCUAUAGCCAAUCUUUAUUGAGUAUUUGUUCUGAUUUGUUUAUGGGGCGUUAAUAUGUCAAUAAGCAUUCACCCUGUAUUCACCCCGUUUUGUUCAUGGGAUGUUUAAAAGUCUUCCCAUUAAUUAUUUUUUCACCCCCCUUUCCCAACUGCUUUCCAAACUGCUUUGAUGUGUUGUUUUAAAGCGGAUAUGUUGCAGACAGGCAACAGAGCAAACUUUAAUCCAGUUUAUUUGAGCAAACUUAAAUUUCCCAGUUAUGCUCUUGAAUCCCCGUCCCCAGCAAAAUAUUGACAGUCUACAGGGGUCAACCUGGGAAGGUAGCCCAUCUAGGAGAACUCUGUUCCUAAACCUCCACUGCCUUGGGGGACAUCUUUGGGAGGGGAAAAAAGGCUCAAGAGUAAACCCUACACAAUUACAGAGUGGAGUCCCAAAGAUGGCUGCAUGGCGCCUUGCGUGUCUCCUUUUGGCAACUCCUGCAGCCAAACUGGUGCCCAACAUAUUGCCCUGCUUUCCUUUGGACCACAUCAGUGAGGGUGGCGGGGUGGGCCUUCUCGUCUGGGACAGCCCAGGACCUCCAUACAUACUGCCCUGACUUGUGCCCUGACUUCAGUGCUGCUAACAUAGUGGUUUGACUUCACCCUGGAAGCGCACUCCGCUGUCUCUCGAGACAGACAGAUGUCAACACUGCAGGCGUUCCACAUAGGAUGCUCCCGGAUCCUGAAAAACCUUUUGCAUUGUGUCCCCUUUCCUGUUGCAUUUGCACCAAAGGAUUCCCGUUUGAAGAAUUUCCUUUAACCAUAGGCAGAGCCGCUGCCCCUAUCACUGAAGGACUGCGAUCUCAUCCUUGCAUCCAAGUUGCUUCCCCGCAUCGUGCUUCCCUGGGGAUGUCUCUCCCUUUCCUCUCUUUCUUCAUAUUCUUUUCCUUCCCUCCCACGGACGUGCAAUGUGGCAAUUGGGGUUGGUGCUGCCGAGGAUCCUUGUGGAGCAAAGUGAUGGCCAGGCAAGGUUCUGUGUCCUUCCUAGGCAAAUCCUUGCAGUGCCAGGAGAGCCACCACCAGGCAGCUGAGCAAGCCCCACGACAUCACACGAAAGGCAGAGCAAAAGCACACACAUCGUUCCACCUCGAGCUGAGGACCCCGCAAAUCCGGCCGGUGUUCGGCUCCUGAUGCAGGGCUGGUAGGCAGGCUCCGGGGAGGGUACAGUUCUCCUGUGCAAUCCAGCCAGUCCUUAGCUAUGGAUCGAGGGUAGCCAGUCUGGGGCUUGAGGUUGUGUGGCUCAAACUUCCAGUACUCCCUGCCCUUAAAGGCAUACAGUGUUCCUGCAACAAGACAAAAAGGAGCAUCAGCAACAAAUAAGCGGGAUAUUUAAGAGGACAGGACAAAGGGUGCCGCCAGACAGGGUUUCUGUUUUUUGUGGGUUGUAUUCUGCAACAUAGGGACACGGGUAGCACUGUGGGUUAAACCACAGAGCCUAGGACUUGCCGAUCAAAAGGUCGGCGGUUCAAAUCCCCGCGACAGGGUGAGCUCCCAUUGCUUGGUCCCGGCUCCUGCCAACCUAGCAGUUCGAAAGCACGUCAAAGUGCAAGUAGAUAAAUAGGUACCACUCCGGCGGGAAGGUAAACAGCGUUUCCGUGCGCUGCUCUGGUUUGCCAGAAGUGGCUUAGUCAUGCUGGCCACAUGACCCAGAAGCUGUACGCUGGCUCCCUCGGCCAAUAAAGCGAGAUGAGCGCUGCAACCCCAGAGUCAGUCACUACUGGACCUAAUGGUCAGGGGUCCCUUCACCUUUAGCUUUUAUUCUGCAACAUGUCAUUGAGGCGAUAAUAACGCAUUAGCGGCGGAUUGAUCAUUCCACUUCCUUAGUUGUUCUGCGCUGCUUUGACAAUGCUAUUGCAUUAUUAUCGGAACGUGUUUCCACAUUUGGGAGCCACUAGACAGGACUGCAGGCAACUCCAGCGAAAUGCAGAGAAAAAUUAAGUACAAGCUAGUACUUUCCAAAAAACACACACCCAGAGUCCUUUCUGUUGGGGAUAAUACAGACUGAAAUUCCCAGGUGUCAAAAAAGGUUGUUAAUGUAUGCCACUGCUGCAGCCCAUGUUUUCUUAGCCCCAAAAUGGAAAACAGGCAAGGUCCAAACUAAAGAAGAAUGGCAACUUAAGCUGACGGACUAUGCGCAGCUUGCAGACUUAACAUAUAGAAUAAGAGAACAAGAAGAACAUACAUUUAGAGAAGACUGGAAAAUGUUUAUUGAAUAUAUGGGGGGAAUUUGUGCACACUUGAAAAACUUGGGAGCAUUAAGAUAAAUUCAACAGUGUAAAUAAGCUUUGGUGGAUGUAAUAAUGGAAUACUGAAUGGUUUAGUUUAUGUAAAAUAUGCAGGGAUUUGUGAUUAUGCAGAAUGAACCAUGGAAAGAGAAGAAGGGAAGUCAUUGAUAUUUUAAGGAUGUUUAAAUGAGUAUUCUAAAUUGUAAAACAGAAAAAUUAAUAAAAAUUACCGUAUUUUCCC